CGCAUUAUAUAUAGGUUGCCGCCGCUACACUUUCUGCAAAGUAAAAUUCUCGCAGCUGAAAGAGCAAAAUGAAAGUGUUAUGAAAACCAGAAAUCAGCGCAGGCGGUAAAGAUUUCUUCUGUCUUUGCUUCAGACUACUGAAUAUCAAUGCUAAGAAUGCAACAAUGAGACGCAAAAAUCAAACCCAUCAUACUCCCUCAACUCAUGGCAGCUAUGUUACCCAAAAAGCUUACCCCAAAAUCCCUCUUAAAACUCCUCAAAUCUUCAAAAAACCUCAACACAUCUCUCUCCUUAUUCGACAUAGCUUCACAACAUCCAAAUUACACUCACGACGCCAUUAUCUAUCACCAUAUUCUCCGCAAACUUUCCCUUUCUUCCGAUCCAAGAUGCAUCCCUCACAUGAACCGUAUCGUCGAUAUGAUUCAAACCCAGAAAUGUUUAUGCUCUGAGGAUGUAGCAUUAGCUGUUAUUAAAGGGUAUGCUAAGAAUUUAAUGGUUGAUAAAGCUAUGGAAAUUUUUCAGAACAUGAAGAAAAUUUUUGGCUGUGAACCUUGGAUUAGGUCUUAUAAUACAAUGCUUAAUGCUUUUGUUGUUUCUAAUCAGUUUAGUAGAGCUGAUUUGUUUUAUAAGAACUUUGGAACGAUGAGAGUUUCGCCGAAUUUGGAAACAUACAACGUUUUGAUUAAAAUUGCUUGUAAAAGGAGGCAAUUUGAUAAGGCGAAAGAGUUGUUGGAUUGGAUGUGGGACAGUAAUUUGAAGCCCGAUGUUUAUAGUUAUGGAACUUUGAUCAAUGGGCUGGUGAAGAGUGGAUGUUUGGAUAAUGCCUUGAAGAUGUUUGAUGAAAUGUUUGAAAGAGGGUUGCAUCCGGAUGUUAUAUGUUAUAACAUUUUAAUUGACGGGUUUUUGAAAAAUGGUGAUUAUGAUAGUGGAAUGAAGAUUUGGGGGAGGUUGGUGAGUGGGUCGAAUGUUUACCCGAACGUGGUUAGCUAUAAUGUGAUGAUUAAUGGUGUAUGUAGGUGUGGUAAGUUUAAUGAGGGAUUGGAACUUUGGGAUAGGAUGAAGAAAAAUGAGCAAAGAAUGGAUUUGUUCACGUGUAGUACGUUGAUUCAUGGUUUGUGUGAAUUGGGCAAUGUCGAUGGGGCUGAGAGGAUUUUUAAGGAAAUGAUUGAGAAUGGGCUAUCGCCUGAUGUAGUGGUAUAUGGUGCAUUGCUUAAUGGUUAUUGUAAGGCUGGGGAGAUUAAAAAUUGUUUUGAGUUGUGGGAGCUGAUGGGGAAGGAAGAUUGUCGUACCGUCACUAGUUAUAAUAUAUUGAUGAGAGGUUUGUUUGAGAAUCGAAUGGUGGAUGAGGCGAUUUCUAUUUGGAAGCUUAUGAAUGAGAAUGGUAUUGUUGCCAAUUCAUCAUCUUAUGGAAUUCUAAUUCAUGGGUUGUGUAAGAAUGGGUAUCUGAACAAGGCUUUGAAGGUCUUGCAGGCUGAAAGUGAAGGAGAAAAAAACAUGGAUUCAUAUGCAUACUCAUCAAUCAUUAAGGGGUUGUGCAAAGAAGGAAGAUUGGAUGAAGCAACUGCUAUGUUUGAUUUGAUGGCUAAACAGGGAUGUAAACUAAGUUCUCAUGUUUGCAAUGCGCUAAUCAAUGGAUUUAUCAAAGCAUCUAAAAUUGAGGAUGCACUCAGAUUUUUUGGUGAAAUGAGCAGUAUGAAUUGUUCGCCAACGGUAGUCUCCUAUAACGUGCUGAUAGAUGGGUUAUGCAAAGCUGAAAGAUUUGGUGACGCCUAUAAGCUUGUGGAGGACAUGCUGCAAAAAGGGUGGAUGCCAGACAUGAUAACAUAUAGCUUGUUGAUGGAUGGUCUUUGCCAGAGCAAAAAGUUAGACCUGGCCCUUAAGUUAUUGAGUAAAGUUGUUAGCAAGGGAUUCAAGCCCGAUGUGACCAUGGUUAACAUUAUAAUUCACGGCCUUUGCUCUGCUGGUAACCUUAAGAACGCGUCGCAGCUCUUUUUGAAAAUGAGCCAAUGGGAAUGUCUCCCGAAUCUUGUCACAUAUAACACCCUUAUGGAGGGAUUUUAUAAAGCUAGAGACUGCAAAAAUGCUUCAGCAGUUUGGGCUCUCAUUUUAAGAGGCGGGCUUCGGCCAGAUAUUAUUUCUUAUAAUAUUACUCUUAAGGGGCUUUGUUCUUGCCAUAGAAUGUCAGAUGCCAUUUUAUUCUUGAAUGAUGCUCUUAGUAGGAAAAUCCGUCCAACUGCGAUUACAUGGAAUAUACUUGUCAGAGCUGUUAUUUAUGGCUGAAGUUGCACCUGGUGGGUGUCAGAUGCCAAUUUCUACUUUAUUGAUGCUCUGAGUAGGGUUGCGAUUAUUAUUCACUAUCAAAGCACGUUUGUCUGACCUGUAUAUGGUAAUCUUUUUUUUAAGCUGUAAGUAAGCUCUCUACUAACUUCAGUUGAUCAGAUGAUUUUGCGAAAUGGGAUAUUCAAUCAGAAGCGCAAUGCUCUGCUAAUCAAGCAUGCGUCUUUUUUAGAAGCGAUUUAAGAUUCUGUGGUUGAUACAGGUUGAAUGCAUUCCUUGCAAUUGAGACGUGGUUGAAAAUUUCUCUGAGAUACUGGAUUUUGAUAGAAUUAUGCCUCCAACUCAAUUCUGAUAAGCUUUAUUAUGCUUUUGUUUAGUAAUGUCAACUAAACUAUAUUCCAUUUAACUUUCUGGUGCAGAAAUUGAGGGGACAGUAAAGGCAACAGAAAUGCUCGUGCAACAAAAUCGGGCUAUUUAUUGGGAUGAAAUAUUCUUAAGGUUAAGAUGUUUCAUGCAAGCAGGAAUCUUUGAUCAGUUGGACUUCGCAGUUUUAAUUUUAGACCUUGAGGACUUCAUGAGGGGAAAUUGUGCUUGCACUCUCCAUCUCACCCAAUAUGUAUGGAUUGCCUGCUUGUCCAGUGAGGAUCAGUACUAACCUAAAACAUUUAGUUGCUACUGGUUUGUAUCUUUGUAAAGAAGCUAAGAGCUUUUCAACUUAGAGAGCAUGUGAAAGACUUAAAUGGUUAAGUUAGGAAGAAAAGAUUUGGACUCAGAUUUUACUUCACUGACAUUUUAAAGACAAAGUUGCUAUCAGAUUGUAAAACAAAAGUAUAAUACUUGGCAUCACUGGAUCCACCAUUCCAAAUAGCUAUAUUAUUAUAGAGGGAA